GAAGCGCUCGCUAGAUCCAGGUCCCCGUCUCUAUCCGGCGAGCAGCGGCGGGGCAGCGGCAGCACUGAGGCUGCGGCGAGAGAGACGGAGGCAUAGAAGCAGGAGGAGAGGCGGGGAGGGGCCGGCCUGGAGCUGUGGGCCGGCCUGGAGCUGUGGGAGUGACUCAGUCCGGCUCGCUCGCUCGCUCCUCUCCUGCGCCGGGCUAGGGAAGGACUCGCCUUGGGCACCAGCUGCCCGAGCCAGCGGAAGCCGCUGCGCUGCGGAGAGCGCACCACGACGGAGAGUCGGCGGCGCAGAGCGCUCUGCCGCCGCCUCCAGCUCUUUAGGCGCCGCCUUCCAGCUCUUUAGGCGCCGCCUCCCUGCUGAUCCCGGCCCCCAUCCCGGGAGGUUGGAAAAGGGCUGCCGCUGCUUCGCCGAGGAGAGCCGCGCGCCUGUCCGCCUAUUGUUUCUCGCCGGGGUGGCUUUUUGUGUCUGCGCGCGUUUGCGCUGUUGGUGCUGCUGCCGCCGCGCUGCCCAUCCGCAGCGCGGCCCUCGGGACCUGUUGGGGCCGCUGCUGCCGCCGUAGGUGUCGGAGGGGGGCAACCCCCUUCCUUCUCUCCACCCUCCGGGGCGCGGGCCAAGCCAGCGCGUGUCUGAAGACUUUCACCUUGGAGGACAAGAGAGAAACGCACCACCCUCUCCAUUUUGCUAACAGGAACCUAAGCGCCAAGCCCUCAUGGAGUCUGAGAGCUCAGUCGCCAACCAGUAGCAGGAGAACUGGGAUGUUUACCUGGAAGUACCUCAUUCUUUGGGCUGUGCUGGUCACAGCCACGCUGUCCACUGCGAGACCAGCACAAACUCUGCCAGAGCAAGUUCUGCCCAAAACAAGCAUUGAAGUGGAGUCUUAUUCGGCUCACCCUGGCGACCUCCUCCAGUUGCGCUGCCGGCUACGGGAUGAUGUGCAGAGCAUCAACUGGAUUCGAGAUGGGGUCCAGCUCUCAGAGAACAACCGGACGCGCAUCACAGGGGAGGAGGUGGAGGUCAGGGACGCCGUGCCAGAGGACUCAGGGCUUUAUGCCUGCAUGACCAACAGCCCCUCUGGAAGCGAGACCACCUACUUCUCCGUGAAUGUCUCAGAUGCUCUUCCAUCUGCCGAAGAUGAUGAUGAUGACGAUGAUUCCUCCUCAGAGGAGAAGGAGGCAGAUAACUCCAAACCAAAUCAAGCCAUUCCACCUUACUGGACAUAUCCUGAGAAGAUGGAGAAGAAGCUUCAUGCUGUCCCAGCUGCCAAGACCGUGAAAUUUAGGUGUCCAUCUAGUGGGACACCCACCCCUUCGCUGCAUUGGCUGAAGAAUGGCAAGGAAUUCAAACCUGACCAUCGUAUAGGUGGAUAUAAGGUUCGUCAUGCAACCUGGAGUAUCAUCAUGGACUCAGUUGUGCCAUCAGAUAAAGGCAAUUACACCUGCAUUGUGGAGAACAAGUACGGAACCAUCAACCACACCUACCAGCUUGAUGUAGUCGAGAGGUCACCUCACCGGCCUAUCCUACAAGCUGGGCUCCCGGCUAACAAGACUGUCUCCCUGGGUAGCAACGUGGAAUUUGUUUGCAAAGUCUACAGCGACCCUCAGCCCCACAUCCAAUGGCUGAAGCACAUUGAGGUCAAUGGGAGCAAGAUUGGUCCAAAUAACUUGCCUUAUGUGCAGGUCUUGAAGAGCUCGGGAAUUAAUAGCUCCGAUGCGGAGGUGCUGACCCUGUAUAAUGUGACAGAGGCUGAGAGUGGGGAGUAUGUUUGUAAGGUUUCCAAUUAUAUUGGUGAGGCUAACCAGUCUGCGUGGCUGACCGUCACCAGACCCAUGGCUGAAGCUAUUGAAGACAAGCCAGCUAUGAUGACAUCCCCUCUGUACCUGGAAAUCAUAAUUUACUGCACAGGAGGCUUCCUCAUCUCUUGCAUGGUUGUGACCGUCAUCAUAUACAAGAUGAAGAGCACUACAAAGAAGUCAGACUUCAACAGCCAGCUGGCUGUGCAUAAACUGGCUAAGAGCAUCCCCCUGCGCAGACAGGUAACAGUGUCGGCUGAUUCGAGUUCCUCCAUGAACUCAGGUGUGAUGCUUGUGCGCCCCUCACGGCUUUCCUCCAGUGGGACCCCAAUGCUGGCGGGUGUCUCUGAGUAUGAGCUGCCAGAAGACCCCCGUUGGGAGCUUCCCAGAGACAGGCUGAUUCUGGGUAAACCAUUGGGGGAAGGCUGCUUUGGACAGGUGGUGCUUGCUGAGGCAAUAGGGCUAGACAAGGACAAGCCAAACCGAGUGACCAAAGUGGCAGUGAAGAUGCUAAAAUCCGACGCCACAGAAAAAGAUCUGUCAGACUUGAUCUCUGAGAUGGAGAUGAUGAAGAUGAUCGGCAAGCAUAAGAACAUCAUCAACCUUCUUGGAGCUUGUACUCAGGAUGGUCCACUGUAUGUGAUAGUGGAGUAUGCAUCCAAAGGGAACCUGAGGGAAUACCUGCAGGCUCGGCGCCCCCCAGGCAUGGAAUAUUGCUACAACCCCACCCACAUCCCAGAAGAACAGCUCUCUUUCAAAGACCUGGUGUCCUGCACGUACCAAGUUGCCCGAGGCAUGGAAUACCUUGCAUCCAAAAAGUGCAUCCACCGAGAUCUGGCUGCCAGGAAUGUGUUGGUGACUGAAGACAGUGUGAUGAAGAUUGCUGAUUUUGGCCUGGCUCGAGACAUUCAUCACAUAGAUUACUAUAAGAAGACAACAAAUGGUCGCUUGCCGGUCAAGUGGAUGGCCCCUGAGGCUUUGUUUGACAGGAUAUACACCCAUCAGAGUGACGUAUGGUCCUUCGGCGUUCUGCUGUGGGAGAUCUUCACACUGGGUGGAUCGCCAUACCCAGGAGUGCCAGUGGAGGAGCUCUUCAAGCUGCUGAAAGAGGGGCAUCGAAUGGACAAGCCCAGCAAUUGUACCAAUGAACUGUACAUGAUGAUGCGAGAUUGCUGGCAUGCUGUUCCCUCCCAGAGACCCACAUUUAAGCAGCUGGUAGAAGACUUAGACAGGAUUGUGGCCAUGACUUCUAACCAGGAAUACCUGGACCUUUCCAUGCCCCUGGACCAGUAUUCUCCCAGUUUUCCAGACACCCGCAGCUCAACCUGCUCUUCUGGAGAGGACUCUGUGUUUUCCCACGAUCCCCUUCUUGAUGAGCCAUGCCUUCCCAAGCACCCACCUCAGCUUGCCAAUGGCGGACUCAAAAGGUGCUGAUAUUGCAACUUCUGUCGGGAAGUUUGCGAACCCUCUGUGCGUUCAAGCGUGGUGUGUGUGUGUGUGAGUGAUGCUCGUGCGUAUGUGUGCGCACUUCCCUUCCAGCUGGACUGGUGGUAGAGAGCCACUUGGGGCAGCCAUCAGUCACCUUUUAGCUGUUGUAUUAAUGAACUGUGGAGACUCCAUGUUGAAUAACCAAACUCACACCACCAUCUUCUCAAAGCUGCCAUUAUCGCAAGCCCUCGAUCUCUGGAAGAGAUAUUUGUAGGGAAUCUGCGUUAAUAUUUCCUAUGGAUUAAAGUUGAACUAUGAUCCCCCCCCCCUUUUUGGCCAGUGACUAAACAAAAAAGCUGACCCAAGUGCCAGUGCAUAGACAGCAACAUGUUGUCCCUUCUCUGAAAAGGAUUCUGGAGAGAAUAACAUUCCUUUGAAGAGGAGGGAUCAUUUUCUGCUCUCUUACUUCCAAAUCCAAGCAACCGAACUUCUGACAGCUCAAUAAGCUAACAGCAGAGCUGAGGUGCAAAGCCUCUGGCCCCAGGACACUCUUGAUUCAGCUGUAAACUGGAACAUCUUAAGUUCAGACAAGCAGCAGCAUCUGUGGUUUGAGUGCCUAUCGUCUAUGGUACCAGCCUGGAAUCCACACCUGUGAUAGCUUCCUAAUUCCAGUACAGCGCAAUCAUACACAUGUCCAUACAGGGAGCAAGUCCCACUAUUCACAUGGGGCUUCCUCCCAGGCAAAAUGUGCAUAGGGUUGGCAGCCUUGAUUUGUUCUUUGCUGACCAAACUCGGAAAACGACCAGGUACAAACAAUAUUGCACAUCUUCACAGCACUUGACAUUAAAACAUACAGGAUGCAGCCAAAUGAAGCCAGUGCUUGGAAGAUUAAAGACAAACAUCUUAUGUACAUAGCUGCAAAAUGUAUAAAUAUUAAUUAUAUAUUUACUUGUCUUUUUUUUUUUUUAAAUGGCUGUUACCAGAGAUAAUAUCACUUUGGUAGUAAGUUACUAGUGGCUGGUAGGUAUCAGUUGCUAUAAAAACAAAUCAUAUAUUUUGCUACAUUUGCUGGUUUUUUUGUUUUUAAAUUAUGUUCUAAAUUAGGUACUUCAAUAAAAAUUGCUGCUGCUUCAGUUUUA